AUGGAAAAAUAUCUGCCAUUAAAUCGGGAAGGCUGCAUUACACUCCGGCCGUUUGAGCUUACAGACCUCUCGGACGUCAUGGCAUGGGUCGCCGACGAUCGCGUAGCUCAACGGUGCUGGUGGGAUGCCUUUCAAAGCAGAGAGGACGCUGUGUCGUUCCUCAAGUGCUCCCUGAUCGCUCACCCAUGGGCUCGGGCCAUCUGCCUUAGCGGCCGGCCCAUCGGCCAAAUGACUUUCGAGCAGGGAUCUGACAUCGAGCGUUACCGGGGAGAGAUGGGGUAUGCAUUAGCCUAUAAGCACUGGGGCAAAGGCAUCGCUACGGAAGCACUGAAGAUGGUCGUCUCUGCGAUCUUCUGCGAGUUCCCAGAGAUUCAAAGGAUCGACGCUGUCAUCAUCGAUUGGAAUGUGGGAUCACAGAGUGUCCUGGAAAAGGCUGGGUUUGUUAAGGAGGGGCUGCUGAGGAAGUAUGGUGUUAAGAAGGGGGAGACUGUAGAUGUGUUUGUCUAUGGUAUUCUCGCUUCUUGA